CCGGAUGCAAUGUUUUUUUCAGAAACACCGGUGGGACAUUUUACAUCGGCAAUAAGGGACACUAACAUGUUAACAUGUUCCGAAUUAACGACUUCAAGAUCAUUUGUGAGGACGCGAGCAGAGAUGGGGCUUUUUCCGAAGGAGACACGGUCGCAGGUUUGGUUUCUUUUAACCUAUCAAAAGAGACGAAAGUUAAGAGCGUCAGUGUGAAGCUUAAAGGACACGGUCAAGUUCACUGGACUGAAGGAACUGGAGAAGACGAAAGGUCGUACAGCGCAAGUAAGAGAUAUCUUAAAGUCAAAGAAUACCUGGUGCUGGAAAAGACAGAAAGCAGUGUACUUCCUCAAGGGACCAAUCAAUUCAAGUUCAGGCUUCAGAUUCCACAGGAGGACUUGCCAUCAUCCUUCAAGGGGACACAUGGCAGCAUUGUUUACAAGGUUGAAGCACAGAUAUGUAGGAAAUGGCAUUUGGAUUCUACAGUGCAAAAGGAGAUCAAGUUUCUUUCAAAGUCCAUACGAAACACUCGCCAAGUUGUGUGUCCACAGUCCAACUCGGUAACAGAAAAGAUAGGAGUUUUCUCCAAAGGAGAAGUCCAAAUGACUGCUUCAGUAAACAGGAAUGUUUGCUUUCCAGGUGACACACUAACUGCUUUUGCCAAAAUCUCCAAUGGUUCCUCCAAGUCAAUGAAACCAAAAUUCAGUUUACAGCAAAGGACUGUUUACAUCGCUGGGGGUUCCAAAGACAUCAGUGACUAUUCUUUAUGCAAAAAAGUCGGAGACACCAUUAAACCAAACUCUGAGGAAACUGUGUCCUGCACCAUCGAUGUUCCUCCAGGUGUUAUCUACACUCUCAAUAACUGUGAUCUUGUCUCAGUUGAGUAUUACCUCAAGGUGUACUUGGACGUUAGUUUUGCCUUCGAUCCAGUGGUGGUGUUUCCCCUGAUAAUUGCUCCUGCCAUUGCACUUGAUCACUGUGAGGACUUGGGGCCUUACCCAGGUGGUCCUGCCGGGCCCCCGAGUUACAGUGACUUCUCAUCUGCAGCUGCCUACCCUAGUGAAUUUAAUCCCGUACCCAUAAGCACAGGUGCCUGUGGGUAUCCCACACUGGAAGAUAAACCCCCGUUGUACAAUUCUCUUUUUCCCGAUGGUCAAGACACAACUAGCAGGAGAGAGCCAGUUCAAAAAAACUGAACUUAAGACAUAAAACGUAGUCAGAAUUGACAAUCGUGUCAAUUAUGUCAUUAUCUUUAGCAAUCUGCACUAAAGAACGACUUUCUGGUAAAAUAAAAACCUGUUUGCUUUCUCCUGAUUGCAUUCUAUGUGGAGUGUUGGAAAGAAAAGAAAAUCCACUAAUAUCAUUCAGAACCACAAAAGGCUUCCAGUUCCUUUUAGUGAUGAGUGGAGCUUUCAAACUUAGAUGGUACAUUUAUGCUUGCUAAUGACAUUAGUUAUCCAUGGAGUCUUUCCAUUGUUCUGGUUUUGCCAGACCGAGUAGUAAACAAAGUGCUUUGAUUACUGUUAUGGUGCUGGGAUGGAGGUAGCUGUAGAUAUCAGUGUCAGUGUGAUACUGACUUCAUAUAAAAGUUUUCCUUGCAGCCAGGUGGUGGUGAAAAAAAACAAAACAAACAAAAAAAACAAUCUCUACAACAUAAUCAAAAACAAAGAAAACUGAGGAAAAAUACUAGUGCAAAUAAAAAAAAAGAACAGAUUAAGUGACAAAUUAUCACAACCAGUGACCUUUUGAAUUGAUCUAAUUAAUGGCCUGAGUGAUGAAAGCGUCUGUCCAUUAGUUGGUCCUUGAUUGUCUCAAGCACUUUCAAGACGAUAGUGUCAUGUUGUGGGUAUAAAUUGGACGCAAACACAGACAUCUGGAGGCAACAAGUGGUGUUGAGUAAUUGAUGGAAAAUAAAGAAAAAUCCAAACUUACAAAAACGUGAGAAGCAGAAGGGAAAUAAAAUAUUCCAUACAAAAGCCAGUCAGGAGAUACGAGGAGAGUACAGGGAGCCAUCGAAGAAACAGAGAGACGACGAGGAAUGAACAGAGGAACCAGGGAGGAGAAUCUGAGAGGGGGCACAGGAGAGCGCACAGGGGACUAGAAAAUAAAUUAAACACUAAAGAAUGAUAGGUAGAAGAAAUUAUGAAACUAGAUUAAUUAAGAAUAACUAGAAGAAAUAAACACAACUGGAAACACUAAGAAGGACUGAACUAAAGUAAAAUCUAAUCAAGACUAAUUAAUCAAGAUAAGAAAUAACACAGAAUGAUGAUGAAACGAAUAUAUAAAAGGACUAAACCAAAGUAAAACUAAAGUGAAACAAAGCUGAUCUAAAAAAAAAAGAGGAUCUAAGAACCAUAGAAGCAAACAAAACUCAAGACAAACUCAAACAAUCCCAGAUCUUAACAGGUAGGAAUUAAAAUCCAGCCUGAAAUCAGUGGAGUGAGCAGACUACAUGGCUGAAGAGCAAACUGACUCAUUACACAUACUCAGUGGUGGUCUUCCUCUGCACCCCGACACUCAUUUUUUUGUUUUCCCAAAUUGAUUACGUUUCACAAAUCAAAUAAGGUAAAUCCAGUCAUUUGCUUGUCACAAACAAAACAAUGAAGCUGAACAUGCUCUUUUGUUGUUACGAACAAAAUAAAUCUAAUUGUGUUUUAUGCAGUGUACAAUCUUGACUGAUAAAUAAAUAUACAUAUACUGUACAUUUCAAAUCAUUUGCUCCUUCAUAAGCAUCUUAACUCCUUGUCAUCCCGAAAAGAGACACUUUCUGUGCUCAAUGUUCAGAUGUGGGGGAGAUUUCUCAGAAACAUGCUCAGAAAAUUGGUGGUGCUUUAAAAAUUACUCUACAGGAACCAACAGUUUCACUUUAUAUUUUGUUUUGUAUAUAUUUACAAAUGUUUCACUGGGAAAUUUUUUUGGAGGUUUCUGGCAAGACGCAAAUAUUUCUCUUUGUGUCCUUGUCAACACAUUCUUUGUCUGAGAUACAGGAAAACAUCACAUGAUCAUGCAGGCCCACAAAAGCUCCCCAGCUUCUCAUAGCAACGUGUGAGAAUGUUUGAUUCAAGUGGUAACACUGUUUUCUUCUAAUAGCAGAUUUAUGCUCUUUAAAACUCAUUAGCAGUCUAUGGAGUCUUGGCAGAGUGGUUGUAAAGUGACGUUAUCCCCUGUACUGGCAGUGUGGGAAACAAAGAACCUACAGUGGGGAAAAGGCUGAAUAUUUAAUCAAGAGUUUAUUUUGUCCUUUUUGUGAUUUGAUUGUAUUUGUUUUUUGUUUUUUUUUGCCACUUUAUGUAACAUAAAAUAUAUACUAUAUAACAUUAUGCAUAUAUUUGCAGCAUUCUUUUAAUGAAAUGUGCAUGUUUUAAUUGCCAACAGUGUAUUAGUUGAUUGACAUGUUUACUGCAUUGUGUUUUAAUAAAAGAUUAUCCUCA